AGGGCGAUGGGCGGGGUGUGGACGCCUUCACUAUGGCAGCCCGCGGUCUUUCUCAGUCUUGGGCUUCCUGACGCCUCCAGCAAGCGUGGUCUCUUGGGCCGGCUUCGCAGUCAUGUACCCUCCGCCGCCGCCGGCGCCUCACCGGGACUUCAUCUCGGUGACGCUGAGCCUGGGCGAGAGCUACGACAACAGCAAGAGCCGGCGGCGGCGCUCAUGCUGGAGGAAAUGGAAGCAACUUUCACGGUUACAGCGGAAUGUUAUUCUCUUCCUCAUGGGUUUUCUGAUCCUCUGUGGAUUCCUGUCUUAUCUCCAGGCGGCUGACCAGUGGAAAGCCCUGAGUAGCAGACCUGCAGAAGAACAGAAGAUGAAGCCAGAAAUCCCACCUGUCCUACCAGCUCCUCAGAAGGAAAGAGCUAAGCCAGAAGAUGUUCCAGACCUAGUCCCUCAGAAACGACUAAGGCAUUUCCGGCGGGGCCCUCCCCACCUGCAGAUCAGAGCCCCCAACACAGUCUCCAAGGAUGGGACAGAGGGUGAUGCUAAGGAGGAGGAAACGGCCCUGGGGAAUGCCCAGCAGGAAGAAAACACACAGAGAACCAUCAUCAGCUGGCGGGGAGCAGUGAUUGAGCCUGAACAGGCCACAGAGCUCCCUUCAAGAAGAGCUGAAGCCUCCACCAAACCUCCUUUUCUGGCACCUAGAAUAUUUAAAGAGUCAGGCCCCCCAAAUGAGCGCCAGAAGGGGGUGAUUGAGGCCUUUCUCCAUGCUUGGAAGGGUUACCAAAAGUUCGCUUGGGGCCAUGAUGAACUGAAGCCUGUGUCCAAAACUUUCAGUGAGUGGUUUGGCCUGGGCCUCACGCUGAUCGAUGCCUUGGAUACCAUGUGGAUUUUGGGUCUGAAAGAAGAAUUUAAUGAAGCAAGGAAUUGGGUGUCAAAGAAGUUAGACUUUCAGAAAAAUGUUGAUGUCAACUUGUUUGAGAGUACCAUUCGCAUCUUAGGGGGCCUGCUGAGUACCUACCACCUGUCGGGGGACAGCCUCUUCCUGAGAAAAGCCGAAGAUUUUGGAAAGCGGCUAAUGCCUGCCUUCACCACACCCUCCAAGAUUCCAUACUCUGAUGUGAACAUUGGCACUGGAUUUGCCCACUCACCCCAGUGGACAUCAGACAGCACCGUGGCAGAGGUGACAAGCAUUCAGCUGGAGUUUCGGGAGCUCUCUCGUCUUACUGGAAAUAAGAAGUUCCAGGAGGCCGUGGAGGAAGUAACAAAGCACAUCCACUCCCUGUCUGGGAAGAAGGACGGGCUGGUGCCCAUGUUCAUCAACACCAACAGCGGCUUCUUCACCCACCCGGGAGUGUUCACCGUGGGCGCCAGGGCUGACAGCUACUACGAGUACCUGCUAAAGCAGUGGAUCCAGGGUGGCAAGAAGGAGACAGAACUGAUGGAAGACUAUGUUAAAGCCAUUGAGGGGAUAAAAACACACCUGCUACGGCAUUCUCAACCUGGAAAGCUCACCUUCGUGGGAGAACUCGCCCAUGGCCGUUUCAGUGCCAAGAUGGACCACUUGGUGUGCUUCUUGCCGGGGACGCUGGCUUUGGGUGUCCAUCAUGGCCUUCCAGCUGACCACAUGGAUCUGGCUCAGGCACUCAUGGAGACUUGCUACCAGAUGAACCGACAGAUGGAGACAGGUCUGAGCCCUGAGAUUGCACAUUUCAACAUGUACCCUCGGGCAGAUCAUAAGGAUGUAGAGGUCAAGCCAGCUGACAGGCACAACCUGCUGCGGCCGGAGACCGUGGAAAGCCUGUUCUAUCUCUACCGUGUCACAGGGGACCGCAAGUACCAGGACUGGGGCUGGGAAAUCCUGCAAAGCUUCAAUAAGUACACACGGGUCCCCUCAGGUGGCUAUUCUUCUAUCAACAAUGUCCAAAAUUCCCAGAAGCCUGAUCCCAGGGACAAGAUGGAGAGCUUCUUUGUGGGAGAAACCCUGAAGUACCUCUACCUGCUGUUUUCUGAUGAUCUGGAGCUGCUCAGCCUGGACACCUGUGUGUUCAACACAGAAGCCCAUCCCCUACCCAUCUGGGCCCCUGCCUAGGAGGAUAGCACCUGGCCGGGGACUGAUGGAGGGCUGAGGUGGGCCUAUUGGGUCUGUGACCUUCACAGGGCCCACAUAGUUUUGGGCAGCCAUCAAGUGUGAUGCUCCUGCCCAGUUCUAGGCCCCCCUGUCUCAGCUUUUCAUGAAGAUGUUGGGGGGAACAAGAGUCAAAUCAGCAGGUAUGGGAUUCUGGAAUUUAGGCUGACUAGUCUACCAGAAGCCAUGACUCCUGAUUCCUAUGGCCAAAUGACCCUGCUGGCUGGCUGCAGGCAGCCCUAUGGUAGUCCCAAGACUUAUCACCUCCUGGCACCACUCAGGACCCCAGUGCCUGUGUUGAGUUCAGAGUGAUAUCCCUAGUCAGUGAGGUGCCGGGCUUGGCCUGGUGGCCUGAACAAGUCCUGACCCACAGGUCUGGUGGGCCGUGUGACCUCAAGAGGCCUUGUGGCUCUCGUGUUUACGGGUUGGACUCAGGGAUCCUCUGGCUACCCUACUGGGCUGGCAGGGUUAGAACAGCAAAUCUGUCUUAUUUCCAGGACGCCCUGGGUUAAUGUGAUUUCUCAGCUGAGAUGAAAGUGGACUUGGGCCCGCUGGGAUGGGCCUGUUUUGGGGAGGGGGUGGUAUCUGUGGACCGGAAAGUCUGGAUUGAUCUCAAGGGACAGCAAGUUCUCUGGGUAACAUUGCCGUAGCUGCCCCCCUAGUCAGAACUGCUGUCACUUCAGGUCUGAGGAGCUGGGAGGAGCAGGCUUUGGGGAUGUUCUGCAGACAGGCCAGAGUGCUUGGCUUGUGCUUUCUCAGAAUGGUCUGUGACGACCACCUGCUGGCUGGUAGGAGCACAUGUAAGGAGGGAGGAACACCAGCAGAAGCGUGUACCUUUCUCAUAGUGAGAUGUUUGUGCCUUGGUGUCUGAGCCCAUGGAGAUGUGGGUAGAGUAGGCCUGUCUUUGACCUGUUAGUGACCUAUCCUGGGCUGUGGUUGGGACUUCCCCAUCCAAGACCAGGGUAAUACCAUGCAGUAGUGUAGGGUAAACUAGACAGAAUCUAAGAACCCUCAAGGGUUGGAGCCUGUGUUAACCUGUGCAUCCCAAGAUCUGGAGGUUUGAUUUGCUCACUCCCCAUCUGCAGCUCAGAGCAUCUCAGUGGCAGCCACCUUGUGUCUCUGAGGCACAGUAGUUGCCCCAGGGACUUCCUGUCAACCACUUGUACCCCAAGCCAGCUCUAAUCCCAAAGGUGUCUACAAAGGACCUGCCUGGUGGUGUGUCCUUGGGCCUCACUCUCAUGUGUAGAGGCUGCCUCCCCCAUCGGGUUAUAUCCCUUCCCGCUGAUGUCGGCCUCCCCGUGUGCUGUCCUCUGGACCAGGAGCACCACAGACUCGAGAAUGGGCAGGUUCAGGCUUUGUAUUCUCCAUGUCUGGCCUUGAUCUCUCAGAUGUAGUCUGGAAGGUGUGGUCAGUACCAAGGGGACAGCAACUGCCCUGUGGCCCUCUGAAGAGUUGCUGUGGGCCAGAGUAACUGGGUUGAAGGUGUCCACAAAGCUGGGGUUGCUGGCCACAUUGAAGCAGACAACAGGGGAACAGUCCCGAGUGGGGAGCUGCUCCCCCGGGAGGCAGACUUCCCUCCCUCUCACCCUGAAGCGUGGAACCUGAGAGCUGGGGUCUAUGCUUAAUUAAACGUCUAACUGGUCUCAGCA